AUGAAUGUUACGGAUGGAUUCGUGACCCACGAAACCCACCGGAAACAGAAGAUCCUCGACUUGAUUAGUUUGUUCGACUCAGGGGACCUAAACCUGAUACAACGAGCCCUCACGGAGCUUAUUGUCACACAGGCCUUCCGGGAAGUGCUCUGGGCUUCGUUACUCCGACCUAUCGCCGAAUUAGCUGAAGGAAAGGUUAGAUUGGCAGAUCUAUACCCUGACGCUGUACAAUCUUGGACAGGUUAUCUACAAAAAGGUGUUGUCGGUGUACUCAGCACCCUCAUGUUUCAAGGGUUAACUCAUCCCCCACAAAGCAACUCUCACUUGAAGGCUCCUGCGCUGUUUCCUAUCAUCAUGACUGCCCUCGAUAACAUGUACAAACAUCCAGGCGACUUCAGCGUCUUCUUCAAGGAAGCCCAUGAGCUUCUUUUUCUCAAGGAGGAAAACGUCUUAGUUUUGGAGCCUAAGCAUGGAAUUCCCAAAGUAAUGUCAGACGGCCAGAGGAAGACCCUUGAAGACGUCAGGCCCAUAGAAGUCAAGUCUGUCAUAGAUUUCGAAGUCCCCAACGCAGAAUUAGCCUUUCCGGUUACUGGCAUGGCGCAGAUACACAUUUCCUACUUCACACCGUCGACUAUCUCACUUUGA